AUGCCCCUCUUCUUCUACAUCUCCGGGAAGUCCUCCGGCAUGGGUCGGAAGACGAAGAGUUUUCGCCAGACCUUGAAGGCCCGCUGCCAGCGGCUACUUAUCCCUUUUGUCAUAUUCUACGCCACCUUCAUACCGUUUUGGCAGUACGUCGACGAGUCCAGGGACCCCAAACACCCUGGAUUCUGGCACACCUUGCUGCAUCCCUGCCCUGACCAAGACACCCAAGCACCAGGUUCUUGCGACCCCGUCCGCUGGCUCCUGCACUAUUGGACAAGCGAUUGGAUAUUCAACAAGUUCGACCUGGCGUGGCUCUGGUUCCUGCCGGCGCUCUUCGUUGUCGAGGUGCUCAGCAGCCCGCUGUUCCUGUCCGCCGAGACGGGCCCCCGCCGUGGGGACGGCUGGAAGACCUACUGCGGUGCCGCCUCCGUGCUGUGGCUGGGGCUCGCCGUGCUGCUCGUGGUGGCCGGCUUCUCGAGGCACUUUGCGCUGUACGCCGUGGCCGGCCCGAUCUGCACAGCGCUCCUCGCGUGGAUCGCGCCGCUGCCCGACCACAGCCGGGAAGGGUCUCGGCCGGCGUGGCUCGCGAUGCGCAUCGCGCAGGCCAUCCAGAUGGCGUGCAACGUAGGCCUGGUGACCAGUUUUGGCUACGAGGGUAAAUUCGAGGACUCCCACUGGCACGAGGGUAUCGACUGGCAGGGGGGCCGAUGCACGAUCAGCGCGGGCCUCAAUAUUUCUUACUUCCGCUGCGUCAGACAAGCUGGUUGCCAUUACGAAUGGCCGAAAGACCCGCACUCUUCACACGACCCCAGGGCAGCAAUCCCAUUCAUCUUGCUGUGCUUGGGCUUCUUCGUGCAGGGUUUUUUCAGCCAGCGCUGGUUUCGAAGCGCUGGACAGAUGGGCGACAUCGGCGAUAUGCCCUCUGGCUUCCAAUUUUGCCAGCUCCUCGGAUGGUUCCUUACCAUUUUCGGGCUCAUAGCGACUUCCACUCUUGGGGAAGUGGAGACCCAACAUUACAUCUACCCAGUGUAUUCGAACUCUUAUUGCAAGGGGCCGUAUUUCGGCGCCCUCCACGUGAUGGGCACCUGGGCCUUUCUCGGCAUGAUCUACCCUCUUGCAAAGGCCUUGCUGAACGACAAAAUCGACGCGGAAUUCCACCAUUACGCUAACAAUUCGUUUCCCAUAGUGUACGGCGUCCACUGGCUUUGGCUUAAGGUCUUCGUGUUCUGGAUUGUGGAGCCGUCUAUAGCUUACUGCAAGGAGCAGAGAUGGUGGAUCCUGUCGAUCCUCAGUCUCAGGCAGUGCCCCGAACCUCCUGGAUUUGAGAACCCGUUAGUAACGAUCGCCAUCUUGCUCGUAGUUCUGGCGGCCACCCUGAUAUGCAGUUGGGCCACGUACGCGCUCUUAUUAUCACUUCGCGUUGGGCGCUUCAUUGGUGUCGUGCCUUAUCUGGCUCACGCAGCCUCGGCCUCAUAG